UCGUUUUAAGAAUCAGAGAGAAAGAGAGAGAGAGACAGAUAGAGAGAUAGCUCUAGAGAGAGAGAGAUUAGAGUUAGCCCAGGGAGAUCGACGACGAUGACGAUCUGAGCUGCCUUUCCUUCUCCCAUGGAGUUUCCAUUAUUUCGCACUUUGUCUCCUCUUCGUUUUUAACUAUUCCUUAGAUUUUCUCUCUCUCUCUCUGGGAAAAAUUCGCUUUCUUAUUUUUAGUAUUAUCUCCGCAAAACUUUUUUUUAAUAUAAAUUUGGCUUUUAUUUCUAUAUUGUUCAUUUGUAUAAUUUUUGUCGCCGAUUUGGGAGUGAGUGUUUUCAAUAAUCUACGCUGCUAAAGAUUUUUCUCUGUUCAAAGAAGCGAUUAGAGAGGAUGUGGGUCUGAGUUUUUCGGUUUGCGAGAAAUCGAUUUCUCAAUGGAUCAUCGCUUUGAUUCAGCUUCACCAGUAAUGGCGACUUCUCUGUUUAUUUUAUUGUAGAUUUCGUAGACUCCCAUUUUCUCGGGAAAAAAUUUCUACAUUUGCCUUUUCUACUUGUUUAUCUAAUUUUUUCUUUAGAGCUAAAUUUUAGCUUCGUUUUGUGCAGAAUCUUACUCGGAUCAUUCAUUUAUUGAGCUUGAUAAGUCAGAUAUGAUAAUCGUCGGUGACUUUCUGGCAUUGUAAAUCUCUCGCUAAAACUUCGUAGAUUGUUUUUUUUUUUGUGAGGAAUGGGAGAAAUGGUUCACUGUGAAAGCUUCUUGCCCUCGAUGAGGGAUCACAGUGAAGAUUCAAACAGUUGUAGCUGGUCAAUGUACUGUGGAGAUAAGAAUUUGCCAUAUGGGCAAUAUCAGAAUGGUUUCUCGGUGAGAGCUGCAGCGGAAUCUUACUCUGGAUACGAGAGAGAUCUCCUGAAACAAACAAUGCUUGAGCACGAGGCCGUAUUUAAGAACCAGGUUUAUGAGCUUCAUCGUUUGUAUAGAACACAGAAGAGCUUGAUGGAUGAAGUAAAGGGAAAGAACUUUGUUGACCAUAUGAACCAGUCUGAACGUACACCGGAAAGUGCAAUUAAACGUGACCUGCCUGGAUUUCUCUUGGGAAAUGGUGAAGGAAGCAGCUCUCAAGCUUGCAAUGUUCCUAUGCAAAAUGGGAUUAGUUCAAAGGGCGAGGAGGUGGUAGAGGUUAGACCUGUGAAGGUCAGGAGAAAAAUGAUUGAUCUUCAGCUCCCAGCAGACGAGUAUCUCGAUACGGAUUGUGAAAACACGAGUUGUCCACCCUACGAGCAGUCAAAAGCAGGAAAUGAUGUUGGUGAAAAGCUGUUCCUUGAAAGAGGCAAAGCUUCUUCUGGAUCUUCUUUGGUUAUGAAGAACUCAAAUGGUUUAACUGACUUGAACGAGCCAGUCCAAUGCCAACAAUCAGUACCUGUCCCUUCUUUCAGGGAUAUGUAUUCUCUUCAUGGAAGAAACGUUGCACAUGUGCAAGGCCAGUGUACAAGUCAAAAUGGAUGGAUGGUUCUAGAAGCAGGGCACGGAAAAAGCACUUCAAGGGACAAGUUAUGUCUGCCUUCCCAUUCGGUACAAGUUCUUUCUAACAAUGCAUUUCAACCUCUGGGCUAUCCUUCAACUGAUCAGAGGAAGUUAUCGGGCGAAUGGGAAGCUCGUCAAAGGAAUCCUGAAGUUUCAUAUGAUAGCUAUGUGGAAUCAAGCGUGGCAUCUAAUGCUCCAAGCUUGUAUCAUGGCUACCGCCCUGAAACUGCCAGACCCUGGAGCCAUUGGAUUUCAUCAUGGGAGAACCAAAGCAGCAGCUCAGUUCAGAAAUCCUUGCCACUUCAAACGAAUCCAUUCUUGAAAUUUAAUACACAAGCAAGAGCAGAUUCCAGUUCUGAGAUGAGAAGCGGGCUUUACCAAGGACUCUCUUCAGGGUCGAAGGAAUCUGCCUUUAAUUUUCCAUCCGGAAAAUUUAACCAUCUUAACAACGGCACAAAAGGAGCUGUUACAAAUGGUUCUUUGAGUGAGGCUUUGAAGCAUGGGAACCUUCAAAGACCAAAAAUGCAGGACUGCUCUGCUGGGUUGCCCUGGAUAAAACCUAAGCCCCCUAACAAAAAUGGACUAAUCAAUGGUGGUUUUGAUUUGAAUGCUUCUGCAAAUCAAUUCAUGGAUGGAAGUGAAGCGGGUGACGGCUCGAAUAAUCUAUCUCCUCACAACGGUUUGAGGUCUUUUUCAUGUUCUAAUGAUGCCAACUUGGGACAGGUUGAAAUGGCCGGUUCACAAAGUAAUAGAAAGAUGCUUGGAUUCUCAAUCUCUCAGAAGCAUUCUAAUUACGAGGAGCACCCUUCCCUUAUCCCUUCUUCUGUGUGUAUCACUGAUCAACGCAAGGAAGUAAGCACAUUCGUGAAGAGAAACCUCGAUAUCAACUUGCCAUGUGAAGCCUCGGUUUAUGAAGCCGUCGUUCUGGAUAAGAAAGAAGAUAGAAAAGCUGCCACGGACAGGCACUACAUUGAUUUGAAUUUAUGUGCUAGCGAGGGUGAAGAUUCCGGCGUGUGUUCUAAUCCAAGAGUGGAAACAAAAGCAACUACGUUGAUAGAUCUGGAAGCUCCCCCGACUAUUGAGAGUGAAGAAGAAGGUCAGGAAUUGGCAGAGAAAGUUGAAGCUGGAGACUCUGUGGAUGAACUCAUCAAGUCAGCAGCAGAAGCUAUAGUCACAAUCUCACUAUCUCACCACUGCAGUAAUAUUGAUGAAGCUGCUUCGUCUUCGACCGAUGCAGUUGCUAAGGACCCGCUCUCUUGGUUUGUGAACACAUUAGCCUCUUGGGGCAAUGAUUUAGAGAAGAAGCUUGAUACUUGUUUAGAAGCCAAAGACUGUGAAGGCGUCUGCCGUGAAGAAUGUUCCUCAGGGGAGUUUGAUUACUUCGAGGCAAUGACUCUGAACUUACCCCAGACCAAAGAAGAAGACUACAUGCCAACGCCUUUAGUCCCGGAGUAUCUGAAUUUCGAUGGGACGGAAUCUAUGGGCAUCACAGCUAACCGACCAAGAAGAGGACAAGCAAGAAGAGGAAGACCAAGGCGAGAUUUCCAAAGGGAUAUUCUCCCUGGGCUUGCUUCUCUGUCUAGGCUUGAAGUAACUGAAGAUCUUCAAAUGUUUGGGGGACUUGUGAAAGCCACAGGCUACAAUUGGAACUCAGGAGUGGCCCGAAGAAGCUCGAACCGGGGUGGGUCUAGUCGAGGAAGGAAACGACUGGUCAGCAACAUUGACAGAGCUCCGGUUUGCUCGUCUUUCGAGCAGCCAAUAAAUGGAAACAGUGUACAAAUGGUGGGACUGGAAGAUAGGAGCCUUACGGGAUGGGGGAACGCAACAAGAAGACCAAGGCGACAAAGAUGCCCUGCAGGUACUCCCCCAACAGUGAUCUUAACAUAAAGUUUUUCGUAAAGAAAUCCGUUUUUCACGAUUUGAGGAACAUUAUAGAGGGAAACAAAAAACUAGAGAAAGUAAUGUGGACAAAACAGAUCGAUGUUUUAUUAUUCUCAAUCACUCCAUGUUUGUGGGUGUUGGUUGCCCUUUUGUAUAUCUUGUCCUCUCUAAAGAAGGGCCAAAGAAAAGAGAAAAACAUGAUUGUUUUUAUAUUAGCCUGGUUGGUUAUUA